AUGGUUGCACUAUUCUAUUUACCUAAACAUCUUUCAAAGACUCUCAAAUGCUAUGUCAUCCUUGCGCCCAGUCAACAACUUGGUGGGGUGAUAAAACAAGAGGACGACCAUCACGCCCAGCAUCAGCACCGAGUCAAAGAUGUAGAGGAACACCUCGUUGGACAACAGCGCUCCCUCGUGGCCCUGCGCGUACUCGACCAGGCGGAAGACGGAACGCACAAAGAUCAAGCCGCUCACGAGGUACAGCACGUAGAUGAUGUGCUUCCAGCCAAUUUGUCCGCGCCGCUGCGGCUCCCUCCGCAGAUCCAUGCCGGCCUGCACGAAGCGUCGGUGGAAAACGACCGUGACGACCAUGAACAAGCCAAAGAACAAGAUUUGUACGAUGAGACCGAUGAGAAUGACCGUCUGGCCCGUGCUGGUGGUCUUGGCAUUCGACAGCAUGCCGCUUCCAAAGACUUGGAUCAGGAAGGACGCCACGUCGCCGCCGACAAAUAUCUUCGUGAGCCAUCGCGGCGAUAUGGGGGAGAUUGA